AUGCCACAGCGGCCAAGACCUUUUCGGGACAGCGUGGUCUGUGCCUCCACGGCAAUUUACGUCAGUUCCACGGGAGUCGUGGAUCAUGACCAAAAGACGGUGGCCUUCCCCCGUGCAAGCGAAAUCGUCCGGAUGCGUGGACGCAAUGCGAAGGCAGAGCUCUCGUUCCCUCACAUUGGAGUGACGCAGAAGACCCCGGAGUCCCUCACCAGCGUGAUGCUCAAAGAGCCCCACAACCCUCGUUUCUCCCGGCAAAUAGAAGAGAAGCUGCCGCCCAUCUACAAAGCCCGGGAGAAGCAAGCGACCCACAACAACUUCCCCUUCUCCGUACACGACAACCGGCACAGCCUCCGGAGUUCCGGAUUCUACGUUGACUCCGGCCUGGGACGUAGGAAGGUCGCCCCGGAAAAAAGGCAACACGUUUCGAGAAAUUUCAAUCUCUGGGCGUGCGACUUUGUCCCAUCUUAUCUGGAUGGCUUUUCCAAUAACCAGAUAUCGUACGUCUGCCCGGAAGCGGUGGUGGUCCCGCUUUUCAGGCGCUUCCCACGACAGUACAGCGAGGUCUGGGGCACUUGGAAGUUUAUCCCUGAGCAGAGCUACACGGAGUUCUUGAAAAAGAAGCCGAAAGUCCGGUUCGCUAUUGACAAAAAGGCCGCCUCUUCGCUGGAGCCCUUGUGCCUCCAGAAGAGCCUUGAUGAGCUGAGUAAGGCGGGCAUGUCACUGGGCAUUCCGCCCAGCACUACCAGUUAACGCGAGGCUUGUCAGGGUUAGAGAGUGUGCGUGCCUGAACGCCAGGGCAGAGAGGCCAGUCUCCCACGGAGAGACCAGAAAGAGCCGAUUCUGUGACCACACCCCGCCUACUAAGUUCUACUUUUUUUUUUUUUUAAUGAGGUUGAAAAGCAUUCAAGCCCUUAUCCAA